AUGGGGACGGCUCUAUGGUUAUUUCUCUCCUUUGCGCUGGUCGCGACAAGUUCGUUCGCAGAUCACCCUCCCUCUGGCAAGAAACACCGCCGCCGCGCUGAGAUACCCUUCCGUAUCGAACCUCCUUUUCAUCCUUUGUCGUCGUCUCCAGCUCCAAGCAUCAUAUCGACUUCUGGCUUAGAUUCACCGACGUCGACGUCCUUAUCACCAGUUACGUUUACUGCAGCUCAUCAGCGUAGCACCGCGCCUGGACGUCCCGAUCUGCCAGUAGUCAUUCAGGGAGAUUCAUUGAAGAUUCUUCCUCAUCCUGGCAGCGGCACUCAAAGAUCUGACAGCAUCACUGGAUCUGGUGCUCAGGCAACGGAUACUCCGAGCAACCCACUGCCUCUAUUCAUGGGUUACUACCCAGAUUGGGCAGCGGACACCUUCCCCCCUGAAUCACUGGACUACGGGAGAUACGACUGGAUCGAUUUUGCGUUUGCCGUACCCACUGCCGAAUUUGGCUUAGAAUGGGAUAGCGACGAUGCACCGAACGUCCUGACGAGAUUGGUAACUAGUGCGCAUCUCUCACGGUGCAAGGUGAAACUCAGUAUCGGUGGAUGGACAGGUAGCAAGUACUUCUCGACCGCCGUAUCCACCUCGCAAAGUCGUCAGCUGUUCGCCAGCAACAUCCUGUCUGUAUAUUCUCGGUAUAAUCUUGACGGAAUCGACUUAGACUGGGAAUAUCCCGGGCACGAAGGCAACAGAGGCAACAUCUACGAUCACAGUGAUACCCUAAACUUCCUGGACUUCCUGAUACUUCUACGAGACACCCUCCCCCCCUCGGCCCGCAUCACUGUCGCCGCCCAAACCUUUCCUUUCACAGAUCAAAACGGAGAACCACUCUCUGAUUCUUCACCGUUCGCUUCUGUACUGGAUUGGGUGCUGAUCAUGAAUUACGAUACCUGGGGCUCAUCCACUUCUCCUGGCCCAAAUGCCCCCCUGUACGAUGCUUGCGGCAAUUCAACCCAGCCGGAAGCCAGCGCUCUUUCUAGUUACAGGUCUUGGACCAAGUCGGGAUUUCCCGCUUCCAAACUCGUCCUGGGGGUACCAGCUUACGGGUACGUGCAAAGGUCGGUUGCUCAGCGGCUGAGGAAUCGCUGGUACGGCGAGGAUGAUGGUGGCCGUCCCCGACUUGCAUAUGGAGGUUAUAGACACAGUCCGGACCACUUUGGCCACGGUCACUGGGGGCUCCAGGAUUCGGACGAUGGUUGGGAUGAACAUUGGGGAGGUGCCGAUGGCCACACUGGUUGGAGUGGUCAUUCACGAAAUGGAAAUGAUGGCAAAGGAGACUGGCCUGAUGGGGACGACAACGAUGACCAAGGUUCUGUUUCGCCCCCUGGUUCACCAUCGCCUGGACGUCCAAUCGAAGUUGUUGAUGACGAGGAACAGAUACAAUUUCGCGACUUGGUGAAACAAGGGGCGCUCGUUUUAGCGCCAUCAUCCUCAAACGAGACUUACCCCAGGUUUUUAGCUAGCGGUGGAUUUGAACGGCGAUGGGACUUCUGCUCGGAGACACCUUUUCUUCGGUCCGCUUCUGCAGGACAGAUAAUUACUUACGACGACCCGGAAUCACUGGCUCUUAAAUCCAGAUUCGCAAAGGAAGCUGGAAUGCUUGGAGUGAAUAUGUUUGAUAUUCACGGCGAUACCGACGACUAUCAUCUCGCCGAUUCCAUACGAAAAGCGCUAGGAUUAUCGUAA